AUGGGAUCAAGAAGAACAAAUGUAAAAGGUCGUCAACUACAACAAGUUCUUGAUGAAGGUUAUCUUCAAUGCAUUGAUAAUGAUCUCACUACCUAUGCAAGAAACAACUAUGAAGAAAAAAUCGAUUGGAUUCUUGCAAGUCAACCUACCAUUCUAUUUAUUGACAAUGUCGAAACAGAAGCACCACUCGGCCUUAAAGAAGACCAUAAACCGUUAACAUUUAAUUUGAAUAUGGCAGCUGAUAAUAAACCAUCUUCUCCUCGAUUAUCGUUCAAUUUCAAAUCAGCAAAUUGGCAGUUGUAUCGGAAAACAUUAAAUGAAUUACUAAGUAAUAUCGACAGAACAAAAACAAUCACAACGGUUGAAGAGAUUGAAUCUUAUGCGACAACCCUUACCGAAUGUAUCUCUAGUUCAACGAAAUUAUCAAUUCCACCUACAAAAGAUAGGUUGACAAAUUUUCCAAUUUCUACAACAACAAAAAACCUUAUUGAUCGUAAGCAUCGAGCGUACAGAAGAUGGAGAAAAACAAUGAAUGAAAACGACAAAAAAGAAUAUUACAAGAGUAAAGAACUUCUAACAAAUGCUCUCCGAAAUAAUCGAAUUGAAAAAAUGAAUCAAAUCAUGUCAUCUUUAAGCGGAAGCAAGAUGUGCUCUGAUAAAGUAUGGGGAACUGUCCGCAAAUUUCAUAACAAAAGAACAAACCAGUCUCACUCAGGCGAUCUAAUUUACCAAAAUAUAACCAGCAACAGCGAUCACGACAAGGUCAAUUUGUUUGCGUCAUAUUUUGAAAAUGAAAUCUUUGUUGAGAAACCUGACCAUCUACCAUUUCAUACUCAAGUUAGAAAGAAGGUCGACCGAAUCAAAAGAAUAUUAAAAAUGCCAGUCAAUAGAAAAUUAACACCUCCAAUAACUACCAAAGAAAUAAAAACAAUUCUAAAACAGCUCCCCAACAGUUCACCCGGUCCUGAUUCCAUCCACAAUCGUUGUCUUAAAAAUUAUACAACAUUACUAGUUCAACAUCUUGCAAAGAUAUUCAACUCUAUCAUCGAUAUUGGACACAUUCCAAAUAUUUGGAAAAAAGCCAACAUCAUUCUCUUACUUAAAAAGAAAAAAGAUAAAAAGCAACCAUCAAGCUAUCGUCCAAUCAGCCUACUAAGUUGUGUAGGAAAAAUUCUAGAGAAAAUCAUCAAACAACGGAUGACAAAAGAAUUAAACGAAAGAAAAAUUCUUCCCAUACAUCAAGCGGGAUUUCGAGAACACAAAAGUACAAUGUAUAAUAUUUACCGUCUCGAAAGAUUUGCACAUGAACAUCUAGAUAAACGACAACAUGCAGCAGUAAUAUUUUUCGAUGUCAAAGCAGCAUUUGAUACCGUUUGGUUUGACGGAUUGAUUUACAAGUUAUAUGAUCUGCGUUUACCAAGUUAUUUAAUUCGUUAUAUUGUAUCAUUUCUCGAUAAUCGGACUGCUUCAAUAGAAAUAGAAAAUACACUAUCAAAACCGUUUGUAUUGAGAAGUGGAACACCACAAGGGUCACCACUAUCUCCUUUGCUAUAUAUACUAUAUACGAGCGAUUCAAUGAAUAGCAUUCAUCAGCAUACUGAACAUGGACUAUUUGCUGAUGACACAGCAUUAUGGGCGUCAUCGAAUACCAUUACUAAUCUUAAAAACCGACUUCAAUCAUCAACAAAUGAAUUUCAAAAUUGGUGUAAUGCGUGGAAAUUAACAAUUCAACCUAGCAAAACUGAACUACUGCAUUUCAGUCCGCAUCCACGAAAAAAAUACAAAAAUGAAUUAGAAAUAGAAACUGAAGGAGUUAUUAUAAAACCAGUAUUUUCAUCAAGAUACCUGGGAAUUAUUUUCGAUCAUAAACUUGACUGGAGAUCUUAUGUGAAUCAUAUAGAAACCAAAGUAGCAUCAAGAAUUAGUCUUCUUCGAUUUUUGGCCAAAUUGAACCCAAACGCUAAUCUGAACACAAUGUUAAUAUUAUAUAAAUCCUUAGUUCGAUCAAUUAUUGCAUACGGAUCGCCUAUUCUACUUACAGCAAAUCAAAAGAUUUGGACCCGCUUACAAAUAAUACAAAAUAAGGCUUUAAAAGCAACACUAGGAUUACCGAUAUAUACUUCGACAGAAUAUAUACAUAAGAUAGGAAAUAUUCCCGAAAUUAAGACGUACUCGACAACUCUACUGCAAAAAGCAAUUACUCGAGCUAGAAUUAACAACGACAAAAUAUCUGAAGAAAAUUUACUACGAAUUCAACUACAAAUUGACACGAAGUAA